AGAGCUCUUCGUCAUGCCGGCUCAUCUCAAAGUUUUUGCUUUCCUGCUCCUUGUCUGCCAUGCAGGCUGCUCAGCUCCUCUCCCGAACGAAGGGCUCAAGCAACCCUCCAUGGAGGAAAUUUUCGACGAGAACAGAAAUGCGAGGCCUGAGUUCAGCGAGAUGAUGGGGUCAACAGGACACCCUCUCAGGUUCCUCCCUGUCAACAGCUCGAGAGCCAGGUUCUAUACCUGCCCCUACGCCUUCAUUGCCGCGGGUCCAGGUUUGGGCAUGGGCAAAGACCGACAGGCGCUGCGAGCGGCGAGAGUUUGUGGCUUGAAGAUGAAGGAAAAUCAUGGGAAGGCCUCCGAGUCGACGCGUCCGACAUCUCGACGAGCGAUACUCGGGUGUGGCCUCGCGCUCUUGCUGGCAGGAGGAAGAGAUGCUCUUGCUCUGCCUGACCAGACGUUGCUGCAGGGGAGGCCGACUGAGUUGAGAGACAAGGAGUCAUGCUUCAUGUGGAAUGGCGAGAAGAAAUGCACCUCAUGCGUCAAGGCAUGCGAAGAGUACAAGAAGACAUUCAAGAACCUUGACUGCACCAAGCAAUGCACUGUUGAGUAUGGUUCAGCCAAACCGACGGAUGAGGAAAGCAUCAGCUUCAAUGACUUCGUCGACCGCGUCAACGCGGGCUCAAUAACGCGAGUAGACUUCUAUGGACCCAACGGGGACAAGGCCUACGCUGUCCUCUCCUCCGGUCAGUCGAUUCGGAUCGGCGAAGGCUUUCCCAUCGAGGUGGGUAACGAACAAAGUUCGCCGCUGCAGGUUGCGAGACUCCUCGCGCAGAAGCAGAUCCCCUACAAGUUUCACUUCCUUGACAACUUCAAGUACCAACGUCAAGGAUCUUUCUAGGGAACGCAGAUCAGAGCUGCUAACAUAGCGAGUGCGAUCUUGGAGUGAGUGAAGGAGAGCAUUUGAGGAG